UUUUUUUUAGUUAAUUUUUUUUUAAUUUGAUCAGACCGGAAAUGAGUGAGUUCUUUUCCCGAAAUGAAAUGCAAGAUAAUUUUAUUCAAUGGCCGAAUUUUUCACAAGCUGUCAGUGACGAAAAAAAAAAAGUUUUUUUUUUACUAUUGUUGUUAAUUAGAUAUUUGUAAAAAUGGGAAAAGGGUUCAAUAAUUACAUGUGUAAAAAGUUUUUUCAUCCAGCUUCACGUGACAAUUUAAAAAGAGUAUGGAUGGCAGAACAGCAGGCUGAUGCUUAUAAAAAAAAACAAGAAGAAUUACGAGUUCAAUAUGAAAAAGAGCAGGAUCUUCAUAAUAACAAAGCCCUGCUGAGUAAAGAAAGUAAGGACAAAUUAAGCGUAAACUUUAUGUACGAGCCUCCUCCGGGUGCUAAAAAAGAACGAGAAAAAGAAGACAACGAACCAGAGUAUAAAUUUGAAUGGCAGAGAAAAUAUAAUGCACCUAGGGAAAGUUAUUGUAAAGGAGACAGCGAAAUUAGGGAUCAACCUUUUGGUAUCCAAGUACGAAAUGUUCGAUGUAUCAAGUGUCACAAAUGGGGACAUAUCAAUACUGACAAAGAAUGUCCGAUGUAUAGUCAGGCAAUGAGUGUUGUUCUGGCUAAUCAAGAAAAACAAGAAACUCCUUAUGCUUUAACGCUGAUUCAGCAAAUGAGAGAAGAUGGAAUAGCUUUAAAACAGUCAGCAAUAACAGCUCAGCAACAUUUGCGAAUACCUCAGCAUGAAGAUCAAUUGUUAUCAGCGGAUGAAGAUGAAAUGUCUGAAGAAGCAUUUUUCAACUCUUUGUCUAAGAAAGAAAAGAAACGAUUGAUAAAGAAAUUAGAAAAGAUGGAGAAGAAAAAAGCCAAGAAAGAAAAGAAACGUAAGAGCAAGAAAGAAAAAAAGAAAAAAUCAAAAAAACGUGAAAGUGUAUCUAGCAGUAGCAGCAGCAGCGAAAGUAGUGAUAGCGAGUCUGAGAACUCGAGCUCUGAAGAUGAGAAGAAACGACGGAAAAAAAAGAAAUCUAAAAAGACACACGACUCGAGUUCGAGUUCCUCUGAUGAAGAAAGGAUUGUAAAGGAAAAAGAGAGAUCAAGAGAGAAAGACAGAGAAAAGUUCAAGGAUAGGAGGCAAGAAGAAGUUAGAAGAAGAGACGAGAGAUUUGAUCGUCGACCUGAUCGUCGAGAUCAUGGGCAUUAUUAUGAUAAAGAAAGUUUUAAAGAUAAGACUGAUUAUAAUCGUGAUCGUAAUCGGCAUGAUCGCAAACGAAAGUCUGAAGAAUCAGACGAACGAAGAUAUCGACGUGAUAAACGAAUCAGGAAUUCUUAAUCCAGUUACUUUUAUUGAUUGUUUUAUAUUAAUACUAACAUGUUUACCUUUUAAAUAAUAUUGUUUGUUUAAAUUGGUAUUUAUAUUUGAUAAUUAUAUGAAGGAUUUAUUGAACCUAAUUAACAAUGUUACAUCGAAGUCACCAAUGCUGUUUUUAAUUAAUUGUUUUAUUAUAUUUCAUAAAUGAGCAAAUGUAUUUACAUGUACAAUAAUAAUAUUAAUAAUAAUAAGACUCUACAAUCGACAAACAUUA